AUGGCUGGGUCCGCCCUCCGGUCCGUUUCCAUUCUCCCCCUUCUCACCUACCUCCUCCUCGUCCUCGUCCCGGUCGUCACCGCCGACGGCAUCGGCAUCAUCGGCGCCGGGAAAUGGAUGUACAAGCCGACCUGCGCGCACGCCUGCCGCCGCCUCAUCGCCAACUGCCCCCUCCUCUGCUCCGAGGACGGGACGCCCUCCGCGCACCACAAACGACACAACCAUGGCGGCACGACACCGCCCGAGUGCUUCCUGAAGGACCGCGCCUUCCUCCGCACCCAGGCCCUCUGCAUGUCCCAGUACUGCCCGCGCGACAACGUCGCCGUCUCCGUCAUGGAGGAGUACUGGGAGGGCCACCUGGCGACCGGCAGCGUCGGCGACUGGUCUGGGGCCCUGAAGCCCGUCAUGUCCUACUCCGAGGCCCUCAUGUUCGCCAGAGAGGACGUCGAGGCCGUCGGCGAAGGCAAUAUGCCCACAGCGGUCUCCAAGAAGCCGUUGAACCAGACGAGCCUCGUCGCCGAGGAGGACUGGCUGCCCAGCUACAACGGGCAGAAGUCCUUUGAGGACGGCGAGAACGGCCACGGUGCCAACAGUCUCGCCAUCGCCAUCACGACAGUCACCAUCCCGAUCCUCCUCUCCUUUAUCCGCUUCCUCCCGGCCCGCUGGACGACCCCCCUUACCACCCGUCUCGACCAGCCCUUUUUCGGCCACCGCCACCGAACCCCUCUCGCCGGCGCCGUCGGCCUCAUGCCCACGCGCGGUCAGGCCCUCUUCAUCGCAUACAUCCUCCUCACAAACAUAUUCCUCGUCGUUUUCCCGCACUCGCUGCUCCAGCCCAACUACAUCGCCGACUCGGACCACGCCCAGCUGACCAUCAUCGUCGGCGACCGGGCCGGCGUGCUCGCCUUCGCCGACUUUGUGGCCAUCUUUCUCUUUUCCUCGCGCAACAAUGUGCUGCUCUGGCUCACUGACUGGAGCCACUCGACGUUCCUCCUGCUGCACCGAUGGGUCGCCUACGCAUGCAUCGGCCAGACGGUCUUGCACUCGACCCUGAUGUGGUAUUACUACGCAGAGUGGUCCGACUGGGUCGCCGAAAGCAAGUUGCCGUACUGGUACUGGGGCAUCAUCGGCACACUCGCUUUGUGCCUCAUCCUCCCGCUCUCCGUCUUGCCCAUCCGUCGCCGGGUGUACGAGGCCUUCCUGGCGGGCCACCAGGUCCUCGCCGUGCUGGUCCUUGUCGCCUGCUUCAUGCACAUCUGGUACCUGUUCGAGUACAAGUGGGGAUACGAAAUCUGGAUCUAUAUCGCCGGCGGUCUUUGGGGGCUCGACAGGAUACUGCGAGUCUUGCGGGUCGUCCGCAACGGGAUCUGUACCGCGACGGUCUCGGUUGCCGACUCGCAGGGUGACUAUCUGCGUGUCGAGAUCGAGGGCAUCGCGGCCGAGGGACACGCCUAUCUCUACUUCCCGACUCUGUCAUGGCGCUUUUGGGAAAACCACCCGUUCUCCGUCCUGUCCUCCUUCUCAGGCUCCUCGACCCUCCUCGGCUCAUCCAACGCUUCUUCCAGCCCGCGCCUGACCGGUGACCCCGAGAAAACCGUCCAAUCGACAGGGGUCGGUGCGCGAGAGAUUCUCCCCCGUGCAGACAGCGGCUCGGACUCCGAUUCUCGCUCCUCGACAGGCCCCAUCCGACCCUGCACGACAUUUCUCGUCCGUCCGCAGACGAGUGUCACGCGUAUUCUCGCCUCGAGAGUCCCCCCUGAUACCUCCAUCCGUGUCCCCGUCCUGGUCGAGUCGUCUUACCACGCCAACCCUGCCGUCCGUCAACUUGCCCACUGCUCGACGCUGCUCUGCAUCGCCGGCGGCGUCGGCAUUUCGGCCGUCAUCCCCAUCGCCAACACCUUUGGCGGCGUCCGCACACGUCUAUGUUGGGGCGUCCGUGACGAGAGCUUCCUCCGCGUCGUGGACGGGGAGAUUGCGCAACUCGGGUCCCGCGUCGAGGUCGAGACGAGGGUGGGCGACAGGCUGCCCAUCACGGACAUUGUGGCACAGGAGCUGACGAGGAACGAUGAGAAGGGGGACAUCGGCGUCGUGGUCUGCGGGCCAGCUGGUAUGGCGGACGAUGUCAGGAAAGCUCUGGGCGAGCUCGUCGCUCAGGGCCGAGUCAAGAGAGGUGUCGUGUUCAUCGAUGAGGCGUUUAGUUGGUGA